CGCACACAUAUAUUCAGACAUGCGUGCAUACAUGUAUACAUACAAACAGAAGUCUGUUGGUAGAUAAAUACAAACAGAAGUCUAUGUAUAAUUUAUCUCUUCGUAUCUCCCUCACGCUAUCUUUACCUUCUCUUCUUGGGUGUGUGAAUAAACGUGUGCAUCUAUGUAAAUUCAGUGUGUAGUAUGUGUACGUACAUAUAAAUAUAUAUAGUUUAAGUACCCAUUAACGUAGAAGUCUUGCCUCUGAAUGUCACUCACUGUUACAACGACAGAUAAUGAUGGAUUACAACAACUGUAAAAGGUACACGAGGAUAGAACACAACAACAACAAUAUGUAUAUACAUAUCUGCAUAGAUUAAAAGAUAACUACGUGACACAUCAGGGGAACAUGUAAUGACAACAAGUCGAAUUUCUCGAAGACAAAACUAACUAUAUGUGUGAAGGUUUCAGAACUAAUUCACACGUAUAAUAUACCCCCAUCCCACGAAAAGAAAUUGAAAAAAAAAAAAAAGAUAGGCAAAGAAAAAGAAAAUAAACUCUACUGCAGAAUUGGCGCCGUUUGCUGAGAGAGAGCGAGAGAGACCCUUACAUGGCCCAAAUAGAUGUUCACCACAAAUACACACAGUACGUAAAACGUACACACACAUACACGUAUAUUCAUACAUAUACAUUAUACACAUGUACUUGCACACACUCUAUACAUUUUCAGUGCUAGCUGCUUGCUCGCUCGACCAUAGCUUCAUUGGCACUCCAUUAAAUUUCACUCUCUUUUCUAAGUCACUCGUUCUUGUUCAUAUCUCUCUUUCUUCUUCCCCUGUCCUUUUGAAAUCUCAGCUCUUCAAGUGUCUUUUCUUCAAUUCCUCAGUAACCUCUCACCACUCCUUUUCCACUCUCUAUUUCCUUCUCUCCUUCUCUCUCCUUCUCUUUCCCAUCGUUCUUUAAGAGAUCCUCCACUGCUGCUGUUCUAAAACAAACACACAUACAUACAAACACACCAGCGCACAUGCUACUAAUAGUUCUUACAUGAUCUGACCCCCGUCUCCAUUCAGUCAGGACAAUCUUAUAUCGGAAUCAAAUUAUAUAAUAUAUAUAUAUACAUUUCGCGAUCAUAGAUAUUAUCGUACAUUGUAAAUACAUAUACACAUAUAUAUUCACACACGUACAUCAUAUAUAUAUAUAUAUAUUCAUAUGUAAUGUGUGUGUGACUGUGAGUACCUACUUAGUGCUUUCGAAAGCUCUUGCUUCUGUACCAAAUCGAUUCAGUUUAAUGAUCUGCGCAAGUAUUUAUUUCAUUACAUAAUAAUCAUUCAAGAAAGGGGGAAAAAAACCCCUACAAGGAUGUAAUUUCACGAGAGGAUCUAAAUGAGCGGAAGAAAUAAAAUCAAGAUAUCAAGGAGUUAUUCCAUAAUAUAUUAAUAGUAUCACUGUUGCACUGUGGAAGUAAAAGAACGGAGAGAACCCUUGACAGAGACCAGUUUCUGUUAUCCCAAAAAAGACUCUUAUUUUAUAUCUGUAUCUAGUGUGUGUAUAUUAUAUGCUAUAAGCUGCAUCAACUCGUAUGCUGAACCAACAUAUUGAUUGAUAAGCGAACGUGUGUGUGUGUGUAUAUAUAUAUAUACAUACAUACAUAUAUAUAUAUAUAUAUAUUUAUAUAUCUAUAUAUAUAUAUAUGAUAUAAUAAAAUUUGAAAAUAUUUUAAGACAUUGGUUCCGUGGACGUUUCCAGAAUGGUUGUGUCAUGGAAUUUACCACUUGGUGCUUCUGUGAAACGAAAACCUAUCUCUUACACAGAAUAUUUACAAUUUGGUCAUUAUUCUUCCUACCAGAAGAAAACGAUUAAUUACUUCACUAAUUAAUUAACACUAAUCACACACACACACAGAAUAGAUACGUAAGUAUGUAUGUAUGUAUAAAAUAGUAUGGUCUCUGGUGUUUCAGCAACACCUUGUAUAUGCAAUGGAACUUACUGCUUUAUAACGAAACAUCUGCUGAUAUUUCGGUCUGCUACGGCAACUUGAUGCUGGGAACAUCGAAUGUAUUCUUAAAGCCUUUAUCGGAAGGAAAAUUAUGAUUACAGUUAAAAUUAAUGAUGAUUAUUCUACCUUGUUGCUGUUAAAGAAUUUGAAAAUAUAUUUAAUUUUGUUGAUUGUUUUGUGAAAAUUUUCAACAUUAUGAUAUUACUGACAGGUUUUUUGGAAAUGCCUAAGUUUACUGCAAGAAAAAUAACACAAGAGUCUUGUAUUGCUGCUACUGCUUCUUAUAGUACACUACCAUCUAGGUUAGAGCUCAAAUUACGGACAAGACACUCGCCGAAAACAACGAAAACUGCUCAGCAAUGGAAAGUCUUAACUUGAAGUCAUUUUUCACGAAAUUAUUGUCUUCCAACCAUGGAAGUACGGGACAUUGCAAAACGAACCGGAAAUCAAGUAAGAGAGGACCGGGACCCGGCUGUGCUACGUUACCAUGUCAUAACAUAAGUUCUCCGAAAUAUUCGAAUGGUACCCUUCCGAAGGCUGACCAAUCCCCGGGUGGUCAGCGACAUGGCACUUGUACCUUACCGUCAUCGUAUUCUUUGGGGAAUGACCCCACGGGUGGUUGUGGACGGGGUGGCGGCACGCACUGCAGCGAUGCGCACCGGACAACACCUCCGACGAAACCCCCGAGGAAGGACCAGAUAUUCAGGGUAGAUCUACUCUGCCAUCCUGGAGAAGAUAUCGGACUGAGUUUGGAUACAGUACCAGCAGACACUAUAGAUUCAUGGAAAUCUACUCUAAAACCUGUGAGGUCGUCGUCGCCCGGAGGAGCUUCGAAUUCGGGUACUUGUGCAGUUUCGUCUGCCGGCAACUACGACAACUUCUCUGUAAAUGCCACCGGCUCGACCAGAGAAGGAAUAAAGCAAUUUUUAGGACAAGGUAGCACAAUUGUAAAAGUGAUUGAUGUCAGAGACGGGAGUAUUGCCUUCAAAAACGGUAAAAUUAAAGUUAACGACGAGGUCAUUGAUAUAAAUGGCAAGUCAGUGAUAAAAGAAACGGCGAACGGCGCCAGGCAAGUUCUGGCUAUGGCUGUGCAAUGUGGGAAAGUAACCUUUACCAUUCGACGGCGGCGACGGCGAGCUGCUCCACCACCUGUUCCCCCUGAAAGACAAUCCUCGAUGCCAGAAUCAGUCUCACAGUAUAGUGUCAAGGGACAGUCGCACUACUCGUCAACUUCAGCCACUAGUCUUCCGCAUGACGAGUCUCCCGGCUGCUACGACAAUGGUGCCUACGAUGACUCGGGUAUGUUCAUGGGUGAGGCUGGCUCCUGUGAUGACGUCUUCACGGAGUCAAUGACAAGUAGCCAAGUGUCUUCAGCGUCAAAAUUCCCAAGUCUUUCCAGCAGUACCCUGCAAGGGACAACAUACUCACCGAACACGUUGCGCCACAAGCGCAGUGGCCUGCUACUGUCUUACAACGAGGAUCCUUACUCAGUCGACAAAAUUAGAACGCAGAGCACAUCGGCCGUGGAGGAUGAGGUGAACUGGAACUCUUCACCUACCCCGACCACCAUCACGUCGGCGACUCUGCGUUCGGGCCGCGGCACGCCUUCUAGUUGCCUGUCGCAGUCCCUCGACAAUCUCGGCGAAAAUGCUUACAUCUCUAACCUACGUAGCAUGUCUAGUAGGGAGAACAUCUACAUGCACACAUACGAUAAGGGGAACAAUACUGACCGUAAAGUAAAUCUUAGGAAACGAGAGUUUGACUGUGCACUCUCCCCUGGGAACAAUAUGUAUUUACCACGGAGUGUGAUGUCUUCACCCACAGUUCAAGGAAAAGAUACUGAUAGAAAUAUGAGAAGACUUAUUACGAAACUCCAUCUAUUGAAAGAUGAAAAUGGUUUAGGGAUCCAUAUUGCUGGUGGGAAAGGCUCAAAGAAAGGUGAUAUUGGAAUCUUUGUAGCUGGAAUUACAGAAGGAGGCUCAGCCCACAAAGAUGGCCGGCUAAAACGUGGGGAUGAGCUUCUCAUGAUCAAUGGAUCCAGCCUUAUUGGCCUUACUCACCAGGAAGCAGUAAACGUUUUACGUAAUACUUCCCAGGUGGUGCAGCUUGUCGUUGCAUCAAAGCUUCGUAAGUCUGCUUCAAUAGCAUCAACGGCAUCUUCCGCAAUCUCUUAUAUGUCUUAUGAUGGGCAUGAUGGCUCUUAUUCAUCGGCAGCACAGUUACCCGAGGUGGUGGCCCAGACUCCGUCUGGUAGCAUCAUGAAGUGGGAAGAGAUAUUUGAGAAAUUCAACAAAAUCGGAUUGGACACUUAUUACUCAGGUCACACGAUGAAAUUUGGUCCUCCCCAAACAAUUGUAGUCAAUAAGGGAGCUUGUGGAAAAGGUCUGCGUUUCAGUAUUGUCGGAGGGAAAGAUACGCCUCGGGGAAAAAUGGGUAUCUACGUUCGGCGUAUAUUGCCUGAUGGUUUGAUAGCAGAAGAUGGGAGACUACGGGAAGGUGAUGAAAUUCUUGAAUUGAAUGGAGAAUCCUUGAAAGGUCUUUCACAUCACGAUGCUAUUGCGAAAUUUCGGCAACUUGGAAAAGGCCCAGUUAGCAUAACUUUUCGAUGUAGAAUUUUUACUCCGUCCAGCAGCUCUGGGGGUAAAACUCCUACAGGUUCGCCAUAUGAGUCGCCAGAAGGUAGCCCUGUAUCUACGCCAAGGCACACGCCUCAAAACAGCGUCACUGAUCUGGCGUCCAAUGGCCAGUCAUCACCUAUCACUACCCCACUGUCUGCUGGCUGUCGCACCACCUGUUACUCGGGGACAGCGAGUGUUGACCGGAAACACUUGUUGCAGCCCCGUUGCAGUUUACCUCCUGCGUCGUCGUCCUCUACUUCAUCGACGUCAUCUCUGCGAGGGAUACCCAUUGGGGCCCCUCAUCAGCGAAUCAUCGAUGAGUCACAGUUCAAUAACAGUCCUCUUGGCACACCACAUUUUCCCCUUUCAAAUAUAUUAGAGGUGGUUCUCAAAAAACAACCUGACAAAAGUUUAGGAAUUAUUAUAGUACGUAGCUCAAUAAAUGGUACCGAUUGGUUCCUUGUUAGUGAUGUUGCUAAAGGAACUCCAGCUUACAAUGACGGACGACUACGCAAGGGGGAUAUCCUACUGGAAAUUAAUAAUAAAAGCACAGCUGGUUUAAAUUUACUUGAUGUUCAUCAGUUAUUACAAAAAGAUCGUUCAGGAAAUGUAUCUAUUGUUGUACAGAGAAAGCCAAAUUAUGUGGCACCGACUGGAGAGAUCCAUUCGUCAAAUGAGCCGGCACUAGUGUCCGGGUCUUCUACUGUAAAGGCUCACAGAGAAUCGACACCGCACCGCCAGUUACGGCAAUCAACUUCAGCCAGUGCCCUUCAAGAGAAAACACGUACCAAAGUUGGAACUUUUUUUUGAAAUUUGACAAUCAUAGUGCAAAACUGGAAAACAAAAUAAAAUAUAUAAAUAAUAAACAGGGUCUCCAUGGGAAGGGGGAGUAACCAAAAAGAAAAUAAAGGGAUGAAAAAUUUA